AUGUGCCCCCAUACAAUUUCAAGUCUGAUCUGGGAAUCGAGCCUCGGCCACCUAGAUGAAAGGUUUUUCUUGGAUUACCACAAAACUGAGGGGAUAAUCCACCACCGACCCGGACCUUGCUUACAACUGGACGGCGCAGAUGGCGGUUCUGAAGAUCUCACAGUGUUGGACAACGGAUUGACCUUCAUAUCCUCAGGAUAUUUUUCUUGGACUCGAGGCAGAAUUCUUCUUUUUGACUUAGCCAAAACCAAAUCCGAGGUCAAAGAGUUGCAUAUUAUCAGUUCCAGUCUGAAUCAAUCGGAUUUAUCUUUUCAUGGACUAUCUGCAUGGCAUGACAGUAAAACUGGGGAGAUCACUCUUAUGGUAGUAAAUCAUGCCGGUCCGGGAGAUCAAGUGGAAGUGUUCACGUUCCAGAAGGACUCCAGCUCGCUGCUUCACGUCGAAACAAUUAUUUGCCCGAAACUAAAAUUGAAGCGUAGCACGGAGCCUGCAUAUGCCAAACGGCAUCAAUAUAUAUCACCCGACAAGAGGUAUCUGUACGUCUCAGAAUUCGGAGGGAAGCAGUUAAAAUCAUAUAGUAUUGCUGGCACGGAACUAGAACAUGUGGAGGAUUUGUAUCUGGACACUCAUGUGGACAACAUAGAGGUAGAACCAGCAUCUGGUAAUUUGUGGGUGGGUUGUCAUCCCAGCUUACAUCGACUGGUCUCGGCAUCAGGCGACGUCGGUUCUCUUUCACCUUCACAGAUUCUGAUGGUGAGGACGACGGAAGGAAAGUUUAAGGAGACUGUGGAGGUGUACUCGGACUCCGGAUAUGAAUUGAAAGCAUCUACUGUGGCCUCUGUCUAUAAGGGGAAAAUGAUAGCAGGUACUCUUGGGUCGCAGCUAAUUGUAUGUGAUCUUCAGAGUAAUGCAUAAAUGAAGAAUAUUUCCUAACUAUUUUUUUUUUAUCUUUGACAAAAGAUGUUUUUUUUCAACGCAUUUUGUUCAUCAUGGUCACAUGUUUGUGAAUUACAUCUUCAUACAGUUCCAUUAAAGUUAUAUUUACAUACUGUAUGUCAUACGGAACUAAUAUAAUCAGCUGUUU